UUGCCUCAGACAAGGAGACAUGCUGUCCUGAGUCCCGUUCCUGCAUUGGAUUAUUUAAUAUACGCUGAUUGAUAGAAGAGUAGCGCAGGGUCACUGUUUUCGUCAGUGCAUGUAUUUGAAUCUGCCUUGAACGACAUGGGUUUCGGCGCAAGCAAACCAGAUCCAGACUUCCCUUCAAUAACGCCGAUAUUGGUUCCCCGGACUCUGAAAGGUUAUCCACCUCCAAAGCCGUCUAGAUUGAAGAAGUGCGAUUUGGUCAAGUUCGAAAGUUUCUUGACCAUUGAUGCCAGGUCAAAAGCGAUCAUUGUGAGUGAUGAGACAACCUAUGGCCAGCUACAGACCUCCCUGACACGCGGUCUUGUCUCAGACUUGGAUAAGGUGCGCGCCAUCUUUACUUGGUUGGGCAGCCAGCAGAUCUACCACAGCUACUACCCUGGUGUCGUCGACCCCAUGACGCCCAGGGGAUACAUGAAGCUCAUGAAGAAAAACCUUGGCACCUAUACUGAGUUCUUCACGUUGUUAUGCAGAGCGGCAGACAUCCCUUGUGUGAUGAUACGAGGAAAGUGCAAGAGUGAGGAUUACGAGGCAGGGGAAGACAUCCCUGCGUGCAUGUCUUCCAAGUGGACGGCUGUCUAUGUAGAUGGAUUGUGGUGUAUCGUCCACCCAUUUAGGGCCUACUCAGGCAUCAACGGUAAGAACCAAGCCAACACACAGAGGACCGAGGUAGAACCAGACAGCCACGACUCCAUGAACAAUAAUGAUCACAACGUUGUUGAUGAAUUUUUCUUCAUCCCAGAUCCAGACGAUUUCAUGUAUUUCUGUUGGCCGGAAAAACCCGAAUGGCAGCUUGUCGAGAAGACUUGGACACUGGACGACUUCUAUGAAGCACCUUAUUUCCACAGUGCUUAUUUUACAUCAGGGUUGACGCUUUCAAGUGAACACAAAUCUUCAUUGACUUCUAAAUCGGGGAUGUGUCAUAUCAAGUUUAAUCACAAAUGCGGAACAUAUGCAAACGUGAGCUAUAUUCUGUUUGUGAAGCAGAACCUGAGCGGAAGAAUCCUCAACAACUCGAAACUCGAAAUGUAUGUCUGUAAAGAAGCAAAAGAUGAUCACAUCAACAUAUACGUCCGCCUCCCUGUCCUGGGCGUCUACAAACUUGUCAUCUAUGGAGGACUUACGCACAUGCUGAAUCCACUAGCAGAGUUUCGACUGGACUGUUUUGAAAGAAACAUGAUGAAUAAUCCAUUCCCAAUUCGUUCCUCCCUUGGCUUUGGUCCUGGACAACGUUCUGUUGGUAUGGGACUUCGAUGUGUAUCACAUCCCGAGGGUGUUGUGCCAAUACGUGCCACGAGGACUGAUAUAUUUGACUUCCACCAUACCCAUCCGAUGGAAGUUGAAGCGGUCCUACGCCAUCACUCCUUACCGGCAGGUGACUUGAGAGCAUUGGUGAAGAAGGUGAUUGCCAAAAAUCGUGUUGUGUUCCAUGUCAGUGUUCCUGAAGAUGAAAUAGAUGAUGACGAGUUCGCUCUACAGGUGUUUGUGAGGAUGCCCCACACUAACUACACCUUAGUCAACGUCCUGAACUUCCUCCUCACAGUCCAUCCGGACAUGUAUGAGAUAGAGCAUACGCCAACGCAAGACAGGAAAUGUGUUCUGGAUCUGGUGAACUGGGAACAUCUAGAACAUCUUGCGACAACCCUCGACAAAGUCGACCGUGACACAAAAUGCUCCAAUGUCAACGUAGCCGAGGAUAUGACAAUCUGCCUUAAUAACAACAGUCCAGUGUGGGCAUCACAGGAAGGUUACUCACGGAAUCACCUCUCCAGCGCCAUGAACAACAGAAACAGGAAGCAGCUGGAAAUGGCUCUGCAUGGACUCCAUUGUAAUGGUCAUCUGAAUACCAGCCUGAAGCCAGAAAUGGCCGCACUUGCUUUCUUGUACGAGGAAGAAAUCAAGAAAAGAAGGUCUGCCAACGAUCUGGACAGCUUGAUGAAGGCGAUCGCUGAAUCCAGCGAGUCUGUCGUCAGUGAGAACUUGGAAUCUUCCCCAGUAGUGCAAUCGGCCCGAGACUUCCUGAGUCGACAGUUGCGUGUGAAGCAAUAUAACAUGGUCAUGCAAACGCUAACAUCACAGACUGUGACCGAUGUGGCUGACUGUCAGCGUCCUAAUAACAUCUGUUUUGUGGUCUUAAGGUCAACGUACCUUCUACUGGGAGAAGAUAGGCCAUUGCAGACGUGGUCUGAUGUUCAGCACCUGCUUCGGAUAAAGGGGCAUGAUAGUCUUAUCAACCGGAUAAGCCGCUUCAGCUUAGACGCUCUCAGUAAUAAAGUCAGCGAUGAGGUCAAGGACACGCUUUCUAAGUUCAAGAUCGAAGAGGUCAAGGCCACGGGAUCAGCCGUUGCGGCUUUUUAUCUAUGGGCGCUGGGGGUCGUGAUGGAAGUCGGUUGAAGAAGAAACUCCACCGCCACAACAAAUGUACAAAAU